GAGGGCUGCGCUGUGACGGGAAGCGGGGGCGCAGCUGCCGGGCGUGGACCCGAGAGGUGAGCCCGAGCCCGAGGGCCAGCGAGGGGCUGGCAGGCCACGAAGAUGUCUUCGGCCGUGGGGCCUCGCGGUCCUCGCCCACCCACGGUGCCUCCCCCCAUGCCCGAGCUGCCCGACCUGAGCCACCUGACCGAGGAGGAGAGGAGCAUCAUCAUGGCAGUGAUGGACCGGCAGAAGGAGGAGGAGGAAAAAGAAGAAGCCAUGCUCAAGUGUGUGGUCAGGGACAUGGUGAAGCCUGCUGCCUGCAAAACCCCAAGAAAUGCUGAACACCAGCCCCAUCAACCUCCACCGUAUCUGUUGAGAGUCUGCUGUCUAUCAGUCAACUCUGUCAGGUGCCAGGAAGACAACAGUGAACAGGGCAGGAGACUGCAUCAACAAUUUGAAAGCUACAAGGAGCAAGUGAGGAAAAUUGGGGAAGAGGCGAGGCGUUACCAGGGCGAGCACAAAGACGAUGCUCCGACGUGCGGAAUCUGUCACAAGACCAAGUUUGCGGACGGGUGUGGGCACCUGUGCUCCUACUGCCGCACCAAGUUCUGCGCGCGCUGCGGGGGCCGCGUGUCGCUGCGCUCCAACAACGUUAUGUGGGUAUGCAAUUUGUGUCGAAAGCAACAAGAAAUCUUAACCAAAUCUGGGGCGUGGUUCUUUGGAAGUGGCCCUCAGCAGCCGAGUCAGGAUGGAACCCUCAGCGAUACAGCCACGGGUCCUGGUUCAGAGGUACCCAGAGAAAAGAGAGCCCGGCUGCAGGAGCGAUCGCGGUCUCAGACCCCCCUGAGCACAGCUGCCACCCCCUCCCAGGAGCCGGCUGCCCCCAGUGCACAGCCAGACAGGAGCAAAGGGGCUGAGCCCUCCCAGCCAGUCGUGGGGCCGGAACAGAAGCAGGCGUCUUCCAGGUCUAGAAGUGAGCCUCCCAGAGAGAGGAAGAAGACGCCGGGGCUUUCGGAGCAGAAUGGCAAAGGGGCCCCAAAGAGCGAGCGGAAACGUGCGCCCAAGCCCUCGGCGCAGCCAGGGGAGGGGGCCGCGGAAGAGCGGGAGCGGAAAGAAAGGCGGGAAAGCCGAAGGCUCGAGAAAGGCCGGUCCCAGGACUACCCCGACGUGUCGGAGAAGCGAGAGGCCGGCCCGGCGGCGGAAGACGAGAAGCAAAGGAAGGAGGAGGAGUACCAGACCCGGUACCGCAGCGACCCGAACCUGGCGCGGUACCCGGUGAAGCCGCCGCCCGAGGAGCAGCAGAUGCGCAUGCACGCGCGGGUGUCCCGGGCGCGGCACGAGCGGCGGCACAGCGACGUGGCCCUGCCGCGCACUGAGGCGGCCGCCGCGGGGCCCGAGGGCCAGGCCGGCCCGCGCUCGCCAGCCGCCGCCGCCGCCGCCGCCGGGGCCUCGCCGCCCGGCUCGCCGCGGGCCUACUCGGCCGAGAGGACCGCGGAGGCGCGGGCGCCCGGCGCCAGGCCGCUCGCCAACCACGGCCCGCCGGCGCCCGGGCCCGGGGCCCCCGCCGACGCCGCGGAGCCCAGGGCCCCGGAGCCGCUCCGGAAGCAGAGCCGCCUGGACCCCGGCGCGGCCGUCCUGGUGCGCAAGGCCAAGCGCGAGAAGGUGGAGACCCUGCUGCGGAACGACUCGCUGAGCUCCGACCAGUCCGAGUCCGUGCGGCCGUCGCCGCCCAAGCCGCACCGCGCAAAGAGGGGCGGCAAGAAGCGCCAGAUGUCGGUGAGCAGCUCAGAGGAGGAGGGUGUGUCCACGCCGGAGUACACGAGCUGCGAGGACGUGGAGCUGGAGAGCGAGAGCGUCAGCGAGAAAGGUGAUUUGGAUUAUUACUGGUUGGAUCCUGCCACGUGGCAUAGCCGGGAAACAUCACCUAUUAGUUCGCAUCCUGUAACCUGGCAGCCAUCUAAAGAGGGCGACCGUUUAAUUGGACGUGUUAUUCUUAACAAGAGAACGACCAUGCCCAAGGAAUCAGGUGCAUUGCUAGGUCUGAAAGUGGUUGGAGGGAAGAUGACUGACUUAGGACGCCUUGGUGCCUUCAUCACCAAAGUAAAGAAGGGUAGCCUUGCAGACGUAGUUGGACACCUCAGAGCAGGGGAUGAAGUUCUAGAAUGGAAUGGUAAACCCCUGCCGGGAGCUACAAAUGAAGAAGUUUACAACAUUAUUUUAGAAUCAAAAUCAGAACCUCAAGUUGAAAUUAUUGUUUCAAGGCCUAUUGGUGACAUUCCACGGAUCCCUGAGAGCUCCCAUCCCCCACUGGAGUCCAGUUCAAGUUCCUUUGAAUCUCAGAAGAUGGAAAGACCUUCCAUUUCUGUUAUUUCUCCAACAAGCCCUGGAGCUCUGAAAGAUGCCCCGCAAGUCUUACCAGGACAACUUUCUGUGAAACUGUGGUAUGAUAAAGUGGGCCACCAGCUAAUUGUGAACGUGCUGCAGGCAACAGAUCUACCGCCGCGGGUAGAUGGGCGUCCCAGGAAUCCCUAUGUAAAAAUGUAUUUUCUUCCAGAUAGAAGCGAUAAAAGUAAAAGGAGAACCAAAACAGUCAAGAAAGUACUAGAACCCAAAUGGAAUCAAACUUUUGUCUAUUCACAUGUGCAUCGUAGAGAUUUUAGAGAACGAAUGUUAGAAAUAACUGUGUGGGAUCAACCAAGAGUGCAAGAAGAAGAGAGUGAAUUUCUUGGCGAGGUGAUGUAUAUGAUCCUCAUAGAACUGGAGACAGCGCUUUUAGACGAUGAACCACACUGGUACAAGCUUCAGACACACGAUGAGUCCUCACUACCUCUUCCUCAGCCAUCACCUUUCCUGCCGAGGAGACACAUUCAUGGGGAAACCGCCAGCAAAAAACUACAAAGGUCUCAGCGAAUCAGUGACAGUGACAUCUCAGAUUAUGAGGCUGAUGAUGGCAUUGGAGUGGUCCCUCCAGUAGGUUAUAGGUCUAGUGCUAGAGAAAGUAAACCUGCAACGUUAACUGUGCCAGAGCAGCAGAGAGCCACCCAUCACCGCUCCCGUUCCGUGUCUCCUCAUCGCGGCGACGAUCAGGGAAGGCCGCGUUCACGUUUACCAAAUGUGCCAUUACAGAGGAGUUUAGAUGAAAUUCAUCCCACGAGAAGGUCACGUUCUCCAACCAGACACCACGAUGCCUCCCGCAGCCCGGUGGAUCACAGAGCCCGAGAUGCGGAUAGUCAGUAUUUGUCAGAACAAGACAGUGAGCUUCUCAUGCUUCCCAGAGCAAAACGAGGACGGAGUGCAGAAUGCCUACACACCACCAGUGACCUGCAACCCUCCCUUGACAGGGCUAGGAGUGCUAGCACCAACUGCUUGAGACCAGACACUAGUUUGCAUUCACCAGAACGAGAAAGGGGUAGAUGGUCCCCCUCCCUAGAUAGGAGACGGCCUCGUAGCCCCAGGAUUCAAAUCCAGCAUGCCUCUCCGGAGAAUGACAGGCACUCCAGAAAGUCUGAAAGAUCUAGCAUCCAAAAACAGACUAGGAAAGGCACUGCCUCUGAUGCAGAAAGGGUUCUCCCACCAUGUCUUUCUAGAAGGGGAUACGCAGCCCCAAGAGCGACUGAUCAGCCAGUCCUUAGGGGAAGGCAUCCCGCUCGCUCCAGGUCGAGUGAGCACCCUAGUGUCAGAACACUGUGUUCUACCUACCACCUUGCCCCCGGAGGGUCGGCGCCACCUUCUCCGCUUCUGACAAGAAUGCACCGUCAAGGAAGCCCAGCCCAGUCUCCGCCCGCAGACACAGCCUUCAGCAGUCGCAGGGGAAGGCAGCUCCCACAAGUGCCCGUGAGAAGUGGCAGUAUAGAACAAGAACAAGAAAAAUAUAACUCAUCCACAAAAGCAAGCUUAGUAGUGGAGGAACGAACAAGACAGAUGAAAAUGAAAGUGCAUCGAUUUAAGCAGACAACAGGGUCUGGUUCUAGUCAAGAACUUGAUCGCGAUCAAUAUUCCAAGUAUAACAUUCAUAAAGAUCAGUACAGAAGCUGUGAUAACGUCUCUGCCAAGUCAUCAGAUAGUGAUGUCAGCGAUGUGUCCGCCGUUUCCCGAACCAGCAGUGCCUCCCGCCUCAGCAGUACAAGCUUCAUGUCUGAGCAGUCUGAGCGCCCCCGGGGUAGGAUCAGUUCAUUUACCCCUAAAAUGCAAGGCAGACGGAUGGGGACUUCAGGAAGAGCCAUCACGAAGAGCACGAGUGUGAGCGGAGAGAUGUAUACACUAGAGCAUAAUGACGGCAGCCAGUCGGACACGGCUGUGGGGACAGUCGGAGCAGGUGGAAAGAAGAGAAGGUCCAGCCUGAGUGCCAAGGUGGUCGCCAUAGUGUCUCGAAGGAGCAGAAGCACAUCCCAACUGAGCCAAACAGAGUCAGGCCACAAGAAGUUAAAAAGUACCAUCCAGAGAAGUACAGAGACAGGCAUGGCAGCGGAGAUGAGGAAGAUGGUGCGGCAGCCCAGUCGGGAGUCCACUGACGGCAGCAUCAACAGCUACAGCUCCGAGGGAAACUUGAUAUUCCCUGGAGUACGGCUAGCAGCGGAUAGUCAAUUCAGCGACUUUCUUGAUGGACUGGGACCAGCCCAGCUUGUUGGCCGCCAAACCCUCGCCACCCCUGCGAUGGGUGAUAUACAGAUCGGAAUGGAAGAUAAAAAGGGCCAAUUAGAAGUUGAAGUUAUUAGAGCACGGAGCCUCACACAAAAACCUGGUUCCAAAUCUACACCUGCUCCAUAUGUCAAAGUAUACCUUUUGGAAAAUGGGGCGUGCAUAGCCAAGAAGAAGACAAGAAUUGCAAGAAAAACCCUUGAUCCUUUGUAUCAACAGUCCCUGGUUUUUGACGAAAGUCCCCAGGGUAAAGUCCUUCAGGUGAUUGUCUGGGGAGACUAUGGCAGAAUGGACCAUAAAUGCUUUAUGGGUGUGGCUCAGAUCUUGUUGGAAGAGCUCGAUCUGUCCAGUAUGGUCAUCGGCUGGUACAAAUUGUUUCCACCGUCAUCACUAGUCGACCCCACCCUCACUCCCCUGACCCGCCGGGCUUCCCAAUCAUCUCUGGAAAGUUCAACUGGGCCUCCCUGCAUCCGAUCCUAGUGAACUCACACCAGAGUCGGUCCAGUCAGACUCUAUCUUUCAGGAUAAUAAUCUGAACCAGAUAUUUCAUGAUCAAAGCAUUGUUGGAGACAGACAAUCAACUUGUGUUUUGCCUGUGGUAGUUUUUCAAUACUAUGUCCCAAUCGUUGUUUCAAACCUGGCUUCGUAGGACAGAACAAGGCAGUCUAUCACAUGACAGGAAGAGUCAAUGUGCUCAUGAGAAUCACUGUUGCUUCUAACAAAGAAAGAGAGGAAACCUCAAAUUCACACACACACAUGCAGACACCCCAGAUUGAACAAACUGGAAACUCUCCCUCCCUGAAAAGUUAUAUUUUACGUGUUUCUGCACAAACCACAAGCAGUGUUACUUCCCUGAUGUUUGAGAAAUUUUUGUUUAUUCGUGUGGUGUUUGCUGAUUUUGCUUUCUUGAUUUGUUUUGUUUUGUUUUGUUUUUCACUGUAUUUGUGAUUGCCACUGGUUUUCGUCUGUCAUGAUAAGGCCUCGUAAUGUUUCCAGAGACCCUUUCUUUCUUUUUCCAAAAGCACCAAAAAAAAAAAAAAAAAAAAAAGGGCUGAAGUGGUCUCUGCAGCAUCUCCCCAACAUGUGUAAGGACAAGGUGAGGCCAAGCAGGGGUUUUGCUGGUUUUCCUUUUAUUGUUCUUCAAAGUCUUAUGUGGAGAAACCCAGAUAACAGAAAGUUAUCUUCCAAAAACAAAUAAAUCACAGAGUCACUUUUUUUGAAUGAAGAGCAUAUCUUUUUGCAUUCUGCAACGGUAUUUUAUGUUCUCCACUGUUUUGCAUGGAAGACUUUUACAGAAGUCGGUCAGUGGCUAGUGCUGGGAACUAAAAUUAACACAUAAUUGUACUUCAGAAACACUCCUCAUAAUGCCUUCUCCUUCCUGAUAUCCAA